ACAUUCGACCCCCUGAACGCAGCCUUGUGUGCGGAAGCCAUUUCGGCGCUUAUUUGCUAGAAUCUGUUUGAAUUUUACAAGUGGAACAUUUGUAAUACAAAUCGUUGUUAAUAUUAAGUGUUUUGUAUGUGUGUGUAACAUUACUAUUAUUACUUCAUUAUGUAUAUCAAAUCGAUGGUGCUGGAAGGAUUCAAAUCGUACGGCAAAAGAAUCGAAAUAAACGGUUUCGAUAAAGAAUUUAACGCGAUCACAGGAUUUAAUGGUAGUGGAAAAUCGAAUAUUUUAGAUGCAAUAUGCUUUGUUCUGGGUAUUACAAAUCUUGGUCAGGUUCGUGCUACUUCUUUACAAGAUUUAGUUUAUAAAUCGGGCCAAGCAGGAAUAAAAAAAGCUAGUGUUACGAUAACAUUUGAUAAUCAUGACAGAGAAUCAUCUCCUAUGGGUUAUGAACACCAUGAAGAAAUUGUUAUUACAAGACAAGUAGUAAUUGGUGGGAAGAAUAAGUAUAUGAUUAAUGGGACAAAUGUACAAAAUAAACGUGUACAGGAUUUAUUUUGCUCUGUUCAAUUGAAUGUAAAUAACCCACAUUUCUUAAUCAUGCAAGGAAGAAUAACGAAAGUAUUAAAUAUGAAGCCAGUCGAAAUCUUGUCUAUGUUGGAAGAAGCAGCAGGUACAAAAAUGUAUGAAAAGAAGAAACAGUCUGCAUUGAUCACUAUAGAAAAAAAGGAUAAAAAAUUAAAAGAAAUAAACAAUAUUUUGAAAGAAGAAAUAGGUCCAAAAUUAGAUAAAUUGAAGGAAGAGAGAAUACAAUAUGUGGAAUUUCAACGGAUAGAAAGAGAACUUGAACACAGCAAAAGAAUUUAUCUUGCAUGGAAAUAUGUUGCUGCUUUACGUAAUAGUGAGGAUGCAGAAGAAAAUGUUGAGAUUGUUCAAGAUAAAAUAGAUUUAAAGCUGAAGGAGAUAGCUGUUGGUGAACAAGAAAUAAAAAAUAUUGAGGCAAAAUAUGCUGAAUUAUGGGAGAAAAAGAAAGCUGGAACAGGUGAUAAAUUAGAGUCAUUAGAGCAUGAACUGCAGGAAUAUGAAAAAAAACAGAUUAAAUUAUCAGCUGAAGCUAAUAGUAAUAAGGAGAAUAUUAAAAUAGUAAUUAAAACAAUGGAGCAAAUAAAGAUCAACAUAGAAGAUGAUAAAAAAGCACUUACAUUAAAGGAAAAAGUAAUAGAGAAAGUGGGUAGUCUUUUUCAAGAAUUGAAGGAAAUGGAUCAAAAGGAUGCUGAAGCAGUGCUAGAAGCACAAGAGAAGUACCAGAAAAUAAGUUCAGGUCUACUAGAGAGUGAAGAUGGCGAAAAUGCAACAUUGGAGCAACAACUAAUAAAUGCCAAGCAGAGUAUGAUACAGGCGCAAACUGAGCUUAAACAAUGUGAAAUGACAUUGAAUCACAAUAGGCAGCAGUUGAGUAGGAAACAAAAAGAUAUGCAUAAUACUGAAAAUGAAUACAAAAAGUAUAAUAUGGAUCUAGAGACAAAAGAAAAUAAAUUAAAAAAUUUGGAAAAUGAAUUGAAAAAAUUGAAUUAUACUGAUAACCAUGCGGGAGAUCUGAAGAAGCAAAGACAAACCUUGAUUGCUGAUAUAAGAUCAUUGCAUGACAAAAUUGAUCAGUUUGAAUCGAGACAUCCUCAAACGAGAUUUGAAUAUCAGAAGCCUGAACCUAAUUUUAAUAUGAAAUCUGUAAAAGGCACAGUGUGCAAGUUGUUUAAUGUAAAAGAUAAAAUAAAUGCUUAUGCCUUAGAGGUUGCUGCAGGGGGAAAGCUUUAUAAUGUAAUAGUAGAUGCGGAAACCACAAGUAAGAAAAUACUUCAACAUGGAAAAUUACAACAACGAGUUACAUUUAUCCCACUGAAUCGAGUGGCCGGUAGACCUAUGGAUCGACAAACUAUUGAUUUAGCAGAAAGACUGGUUGGAAAAGAGAAUGUUCAACCUGCCUUGUCUCUUAUAGAUUUUCCACAGGAAAUUACAUCAGCAAUGACCUGGGUGUUUGGUCAAAUAUUUGUAUGCAAAGACAUGGAAAGUGCCAAGAAAAUAGCAUUUCAUGAAAGAAUCAUGAAGAAGUGUGUUACUUUGGAAGGUGAUCUUUUUGAUCCAGCUGGUACCUUAUCUGGUGGUGCUCGAGCGAAAUCUGGCUCAAUUAUAUUAAAAUUGGAAGAACUGAAAGAAACACAGAAUGAAUUAAAUAACAAAGAACGUCUUUUGAAAGAUAUGGAUGCUACCUUAUCAAAUGUUGAAAAAACUACAGAACAAUAUACAUCAUUAAAGCAAAAAUAUGAUUUGUUGACUUACGAGAUUGGUAUUGUGCGUCAAAGAUUGCAGCAAACUACUUAUCAUAAGAUCAAGGAAGAGAUGGAUUCUUUGAAUGCAGCUAUUGAAGAACUUACGCAACGAAUGAUCACAGCAAAGAAUUUAGAAAGAGAUAGCACAAAACGUGCAAAAGAUAUAGAACUGAGAUUGAAGGAUGCAGUAAAUAUUCGAGAAAGACAAUUAAAGGAGGUUGAAAAUCAACUAAAUAUCUUAAAGAAAAAGGCAGAACAGAGUCAUAAAGAAUGGCAAAAGAGAGAACAAGAAUCAGAGACGCUUGAAUUAGAAAUUAAAGAAUUGAGAAAAACUAUUGAAAGUGGUAAUGAACAAUUACUUCAAGCAGAGAAAGAAAGUAAUAUGUUUAAAGAAAAAGGGGAAAUGUUUGAGGAACAAUUGAAAGAAAUUAAAAGUAAAGUUAAAGAAUAUCAAGAUAAUGUUAAGAAACAAAAGGAUAUUAUUCAUAAGCAAAAUAGAGAGAUGCAAAAUUUAUUGACAAAGAAAGAAGAUCUCAUUAAACAAAAUAAAGAAUCUGAGUUGGAUAUUAAAAAAUUAAAUCAUGAAAUUAACAAUAUUAAAAAAUGCGUAGCGGAUUGUAAGCGUAAGGUUUCAGAGUUCGCGGAAACAUACGAAUGGAUUAAUGAAGAAAAAGCUUAUUUUGGAAAUAAAGGAGGUAUAUAUGAUUUUGAAGUUAAUAAACCAGAGGAAAUAGGACCAAAAAUACAACAUUUGGAAGGAAUACGUGAAAAGCUAAGUCGCAAUAUAAAUACACGGUCCAUUAGCCUUCUUGAUAAAGAAGAGGAACAAUAUAAUGACACUAUGAAAAAGAAGAAAAUAGUCGAAAAUGAUAAGAUAAAAAUUCUUGAAACCAUUAAACAUUUAGAUGAGAAGAAAAAACAAAUUUUGGUUAAAGCUUGGGAACAGGUGAACAAAGACUUUGGUUCUAUAUUUGGAACUUUAUUACCAGGAGCCAAUGCUAAGUUAGAACCGCCGGUGAAUGAAACAAUAAUGGAUGGUCUGGAAGUGAAGGUUGGAUUUUCGGGUGUUUGGAAAGAGUCAUUAGGAGAAUUAUCCGGUGGUCAAAGAUCACUAGUUGCUUUGUCACUAGUCUUAGCUAUGCUUCUUUAUAAGCCAGCUCCGUUGUACAUUCUGGAUGAAGUAGAUGCUGCCUUAGAUCUAUCACAUACGGAAAAUAUUGGUACAAUGUUAAAACGACAUUUUAAGUGUUCGCAAUUUAUAGUUGUGUCCUUAAAGGAUGGAAUGUUUAACAAUGCUAAUGUUUUGUUUACAACUAGAUUUUUGGAUGGUAUGUCAACGAUAUGUAGAACUGAAAAAAUACGAUCUAAAUAAUUGUAUCGCACACAUAUAAAUGCAUAUAUUUUCAUGAGAGAAUCCAUAUUUCCUUUAUUUUUUUGUCAACUUGUGUAACUACUUUAUAUAGUAUUAAGAUACAUUUUUAGUUUAUAUAAGUUCUAAUAUGAUUUUGAAUGUACAAUAAUAAAUACACCUACAUAAUUAUUAA